AUGCCAAAAUCGAAAAGUAAUAAAUCUCAAGUAAAGACUUCCUCGAAGUCGCGAAAGGCAGCUGUGGCAGUUAAACCAAAACAAGAAAAUAUUCAAGAGGAGGAGACAUUUACGGCGGACGACCCAGAUGCACUAGGAUUAGGAUUUGACGAUUGGCUACAGCCUCGGCAGUUAAUAAAGCCGGACGAUCAGCUAGAAUUGACAGAUGCCGAACUGAAGGAGGAGUUCACUAGAAUACUCGAUGCCUGCAAUCCGAACGCGGCAAAAAAUCUUAUCCGAUUCAACUUCUCCGAAGCUUCCUACAAACAACUUGCGAGUAUCGAACAACUGGCCUUCCACUUCUCCAUGGACGGUUGCGUCCUACACAAGGAGUCUGACGCAGCGAGAAGACAAGCGACGAUGCACGGCGCCUCGGUGACAGCGACGUCAAGCAUCGUCAUAAACGUGGACGAAGCCGCCGAGGAGGACGACGAAACGAAGCAGACGUCAGAAGAAGCCGAGACGCAACAACAACCGCAGCAGCAGCAGCAGGAGCCGCGAGCAUCAUCAGCGAAGGGAGACGCGCCGACGACAAAGAUAGCGAACCAGUUCAACUGCAGCGAACGCGCAGCGCAGACGUACAACAACCCGUUCCGCGAUCACGGCACACAGACGGAGCCACCUCCACGAGCGGUAUUCAAGGCAAACGUGUCGCAGUGGGAAAUCAACGACGCGUACGCCGUUGACUUCGAGAGCCAGCAGCAGAAGACGAAAGAGAAACCGAAGGCGACGAGCGGCAAAGGCGGCGACAAGACGAGGCGCAAGUUCUCCGCCGUCGAGAAUCCAGGCGAGGAGCUGUUUCGCGUCGCGGCGACGGCGAGAAUCGUCGAGCGCAUGGUGAACCAGAACACGUACGACGAGAUCGCGCAGGACUUUAAGUACUGGGAGGACCCGAUGGACGGCACCAGCGACCAGGAGGGAACACUGCUGCCGCUGUGGCGCUUCGCCUACGAGCGCACGAAGCGGCUAGCCGUCACGUCGCUGCGCUGGAACCCGCUCUACUCGGACAUGUUCGUUGUCGGGCACGGCUCGUACGAGUUCACGAAGCAGCCGCGCGGCGUCGUCUGCUGCUACUCGCUUAAGAACCCGUCGCAUCCGGAGCAGACGAUCGCGACGAGCUGCGGCGUCACGUGCGUCGACAUUCACCCGACGCUGCCGCACACGAUCGCCGUCGGCCGCUACGACGGCGGCGUCGCCAUCUACGACAUCAAGGAAAGGCCGCGCAAGCCGAUCUACGAGAGCAGCGCCGAGAGCAAGCACGCCGACCCCGUGUGGCAGAUCAAGUGGCAGCGGGACGACGUCGACGACAAUAUCAACUUCAUCUCCGUGUCGUCGGACGGACGUGUCUGCCUGUGGACGGCCGUCAAAUGCGAGCUGGCAUGCACGGAGGUGAUUCAACUGCUCAUCGCCGACGCCGUCAGCGACGGCCCCGACGGCACGCAGCUGCGCACGCUCGGCUGCGGCACGACGAUCGACUUCCAUCCGACGCAGACGCAGAUGUAUCUCGUCGGCACCGAGGAGGGCAAGAUACACAAGUGCCUGCUCUCCUACUCGAACCGCUUCCUGCAGACGUACGACGCGCAUCAGAUGGCCGUUUACGGCGUGCAAUGGAAUCCCUUCCAUCCGAACGUCUUCAUCUCGUGCAGCGCCGACUGGAGCGUCAAGAUCUGGGAUCACACGCAGACGGAGCCGUCGUUCACGUUCGACCUGGGCAGCGUCGUCGGCGACGUCGCCUGGGCGCCGCACUCGUCGACGGUGUUCGCCGCGUGCACGUGCGACGGUCGCGUGCACGUGUACGACCUCAGCGUGAGCAAACACAGCGCCCUCUGCUGUCAGACUGUCGUGCAGAAGAAGAAUACGAAGCUGACGCACAUUGCCUUCAAUCCCGUAAACCCGAUCAUCCUAGCCGGCGACGACAGAGGCGCGGUGAUGAGCCUCAAACUGUCGCCCAACCUCAGGAAGGUGAAGUGUGACAAGAAGGGCCAGAGAUUAGAGAGCUCCCCCGAGACAGAAGUCGCGAAACUGGAUAAGAUACUAGACGUCGUACGGGAGACACCUAAGCCACUGAAGGACAUGUGA